UUCAAUUUUUUUUAGAUUUAAAAUCACUCACAUUUCUCUGGCCUGUAGGGUUGAAUGGUUUAUCAAUUUCCAUAGACACUUGGCAAACAGGAUGUUUAAACUCUCAGCGUUCGAGAAUGUGUGACCAUGGAGACGGGUAAACAAACCAAGAAAGCGGUUGUUGGUAGAAUGGCUGCGAAAAAUGAAACAGCGCAAGAAUCCGUCGAUGGGCCAUAUUACCUCGAAAAGGUGUUGAUACCAGAUGACUCAGACGACGAUUAUCAAUAUGAGGAAGUUCUGGCCGAUGAAGAAAGGAGCAUGGCAGAGGGGGAUGAUGAGGAUUUGGAGGCCGCGGUAAGGGCAUUGCGCGAUGCUUCAGAUGGAACGGGGUCAGUGUUACAGAGGCUCAGCUCAGGUAAGCAACCCGUCUCCCACGUUCCAGAAGUGGUGGACGACUUUCUCCGCAACUUCCUUGUCAAAAUGGGCAUGAGCAGAACUUUGGAUUGUUUCCAAGCAGAGUGGUACGAAAUGGAGCAGAGGGGGUUGUUGAAAACCGAGCUAGUGGAGUUUGUGCCUGACGCGUAUACACACAACCAACUUCUAGACAACGAGCUGAAGAAUGUACAGAGAGAGCGGGACAGCUACAGGCAGGCAGCUUCCAAAGCUAGCGAAACACUGGUCAAGCUUCAGAAAGAGAGGGAUUUCCAUCGUCUGCAGCAUAAGCGUGUUGUCCAAGAAAAGAACAGGCUUGUUGAAGACAUCAAACGACUGAAGAAGCACUAUGGGUCAUAUGAGCCUGCACUGAAGCAGUUGAGUGAUAAGUACCAAGUGGCGCUGAAACAGAAGAUGCUCAUCAGUUUAGAGAGGGACAGAGCAUGUGGCCAGGCCAACAGCCUGGAAGCCACCCUGUGUAAUGUACAUUCCUCAUCUACAAUCCGCUCAGCCAACAGAGACAUAGGUCUGCCCCCACAACAGGAGAAAUAUCAGAGUAAGUCUGGGAAAGGAGUCCAGCUACAGAAUGAUGGAAUUGCCCUCUAUGACCAAGACAAAGACCCAACUAAAAACACAGCUCAGAAACACCCGAAAGACUCAGAGUUUCCUGUCAGCAGCCGUGUGAACCCCUACUUAGGCCAAAUUAAAGCCCUGGCCUCACACUGCCCCAAAGCAUCUGGAUUCCGCUUCACCAACUCACUGAAGGCCCAUACCCUGCCAAUAAGCUGUCUCGCCCUGCACCCCCGCAAGUUUAUUGUAGCCUCCUCCAGUGACGAUCAGCUCUGGAGGUUGUGGGGUAUGCCCAUGGGGGACAUGAUCAUGACUGGAGAGGGUCAUAGUGAUUGGCUCUCUGGCUGCAGCUUUCACCCAAAUGGUGGUAGCCUGGCCACCACCAGUGGAGACACAACAGUAAAGAUCUGGGAUUUCUCCCAAGGCCGCUGCAUCCUGACUCUGGAUGGUCACACCCAUGCCACUUGGGGCUGCUCCUUCCACUCAUGUGGGGACUUUGUGGCCUCCUGCUCAAUGGACAACACUACAAAGGUGUGGGACCUGCAGAGCGAGCGCUGUCGUAGCACGCUGCGUGGCCACGUUGACUCGGUCAACAGUGUUACUUUCCUGCCCUUUUCCAACACUCUUCUUACGUGUUCAGCUGAUAAAACCCUGUCUUUGUGGGACGCCAGGAUUGGCCUGUGUGCACAGACCUUCUAUGGCCACCAGCACUCCUGCAACCAUGCCACCUUUAAUGCACUGGGCAACACUGUUGCCUCCUGUGAUUCAUACGGAGUGGUCAAACUAUGGGAUGUGAGGAAAGUAGCAGCCAUGAUAACCAUGGACACUGGGCCACAUCCCAGCAACCAAAUGGCCUUUAGCCCGUCAGGCCGAACACUGGCUAUCGCCAGUAAUGAUGGCUCAGUUAAGCUGGUGGAGCUGGCAUCUACUCAGGUGUCCAGUUUAUUGGGCCAUGAUGAUGCUGUCCAGAGUGUAGUCUUUGAUCACAAGGGGGAGUACUUAUUAUCAGCUGGGUCAGAUGGUGCCAUUCUCAUCUGGUCAUGAAAUUAAUAAAUGCUUAAAAUGAUUUUUAGCUGAUUAUUAAAUGUAAAAUAGACUUCUAAUUGCUGACAUGUGUUACAUUGUUUGAUUCUUGCACAGAAUUCUGUUCUCCAAAUAUCUUAUUUUUGAAGAACAGUUACCAUUUUUCCUGAAUAAAAUAAGAUAUUUUAAAGAUGUUUUAUAAUUUACUAAUUUAUUUCUGAAUUGAAGCAUGAAUAAAUAAAUAAGGUUUUAAUGACCUUAUUUGCAUGAUUCACAUUAGCUAUGCCUAUGAUUAAUACAAAUCACUAAUUUAAUUGACACAA